AUGGCCGGCGGUCAUCAUGACGACGGCUCGACCUACAGCCCCCGCAUCGCCUUCAUCUACGUCUUCAACCUUAUCGUGGGCACGGGGGCCCUCGCCCUCCCGUCCGUGCUCACAACAGGAGGAUGGAUUCUUGGAACUCUCUUUCUUCUCCUCGUUGCAUUCACCAGUUUCGUGGGAGUGACGUUCAUGAUUGAGAGCAUGGCUGCGGCAAAUGCUCUCAGCACUAUACGCCAUGCACAGGACGGGCAGUACGUGUCAGACACAGAGCCGUUGAUCAGUGAUGGUGAAACGGCUGUGAUGCUCAAUGGCGGAUCUGAGAGCGAUGGGGGCAAUGCACCCUCUCUCUCCCCUUUUUCCUGCCCCUCCCUCCCUCUCCUGCCCCUUGCCACCCCUCUCUACCCAUCCCUGCCCAUCUUCACCUCUCCAUGCCCAUCUCUUUAUCCCUCCAUGCUCCUCUGUACCACGCUCUGCCCCUCUGUACCUCUAUCUGCCCCUCCCUGCCCCUUGCAGGACAUGUUUUUCAGUGACUGGGGGCGAAUAUUCUUCUACAUUGCCCUCAUUCUGUACCUGUUUGGAGACGCGGCCAUCUACUGCACCUUUGUGCCGCGCUCCCUCGUGGCCUUCUUCUUUCCAGAGAACCCCCCGCCCUGGGCCUUUGACGCCUUCCUCGUGCUCUUUGUCGCUGUCAUCGUCCCCUUCUGCUUCUUUGACUUCCAAAAGACCAAGCCCCUGCAAAUCGUCACCAUGGUCAUUCGAAACGCUGCCAUUACAACCAUGAUUGUGAUUGCUGCAUGGGUGGCAUACUCCGAAGGCCCUCGCACCACUGGAGUGCCUAAUUUCAGAGUCACUGCCCUGCCGAACCUCUUUGGUGGCGCCGUUUAUGCAUUCAUGUGCCAUCACAGUCUCCCCGGCAUCAUCACGCCCAUGAGGGAGAAGUCCUUCAUUCGUGUGGUGCUCCUCUCGGCCUUCCUGGGCGUCUUCCUGCUCUACCUGCUGCUCUUCCUCUCCUGCGGCAUUGCCUUUGGCGUGGGAGCAGAGGACCCGAUCACCUUCAACUUCUCUCCAGCCAAGUUUGGCUGGAUCGGGGACCUCCUCUUUCUCUUCCCAGUGGUAACCCUAUCCUCCAACUACCCCAUGCUCACCAUCACUCUGCGCAACAACCUCGACACGCUGCUCACGCUGCUCUUCCCCAAGGGCUCUCCACUCUUCCCCGCCGCCCCCGCCUUCUCCCCCCGCCUUCCCCCGCGCCCCUCGCGCUUCUCUGACUCCCCUGGGGGGGGCACGGGGGGAGCGGAGAGGGGGGUGCGAGUGUCGGCGAAAGAUAAGAAGGCGGUGGCGUGGCGGAGAGUGAUGGUGACGCUGCUGGCCACGGUGCCUCCCAUCGCAUGCUGUGUGAUUGCAGAGCACAAUGGGGUAAACGUGAACUCGCUGGUUGGAGCAACAGGGGCAUAUGCAGGAGCAGCAGUCAUGUUCAUCAUUCCUGCAUGCCUGGUGUACCGAUCGCGAUGGAUUCUGAAUCAGGAACUGCCGCAGGAUUUGGACGACUCUGCCCGUCGCAACGAGCCACACCCACUCAAUCAGCAUGCAUCACCUUUCCGCAGCCCAUUAUGGGUCUCUUCGUUAGUGAUUCUUGCUAUUCUCGUCAUUGCAUUCAUCUCUAUUGAUGAAAUCUUGUACUGA